UGGGUGGGUGUGUGUGUGCGUGACGUGCAGCAGGGAUCUGCCCCGUCCACCUACUCUUAUAAAAGUUAACCUCAUAUUCACAUGAGGGCUGUUUGUAUAGAGUAUUUUUUUUCAUCUCUUAAAUUUAUUUUUCGUGGACUGCAAAAUGACAAUAAGAUCAGACCGGGACCAUGGUCAACAUUAUCGUCCAAGGAUGGCCUGCCUUAAAAAGGUGGAGGCCAUAGUGGUGGAGAUGCAGGACACAAAGAAUGGAGUCAAAGCUUCAGAACAGAAGCUAAACAUUACAACCAUCCCCCAUGCAAUGGCUGGUCAGGACAUUCUUGCAUGGAUUGCCAACCACAUGAAGACAACUAAUGAAGAGGCUCAAGCAUUUGGCACAAUGUUAGUGGCAUAUGGGUACAUCUACCCUCUGGAGGACCACAAAAAGCUUGUCCUCAAACAAGAUGGAAGUUUGUACCGCUUUCAGACCCCUUAUUUCUGGCCUGUGCAGAAAUGGAAGGCUGAAGACACAGAUUAUGCAAUCUAUCUGGCAAAAAGAAACAUUCGAAAAAAGGGAGUGCUUGAUGCCCAUGAACAGGAAGAAUACAACAAAUUUCACAAAUGGAUGAACCACAAAUGGGAUUUUAUUGUAAUGCAAGCUAAAGAGCAGUACCAUGCUGGGAAGGAGCGUAAGAAACCAGACAGAGUGGUGUUUGACUGUCAGGAGAGGGCCUACUGGAUUGUCCAAAGGCCUCCAACACGAACUCACAGUGCCAUGGAUUAUGGUUUGGAUCGACAUAUUGAUCCAAAUACAGAGGAGAAAAAUACCUACGAUUACUACAGAAGGAUUAACAUCUACAUGCAGCAAGCCAUCAUGAGGUCAAGGGUCAAGUCUUCAGUGUCUCUUGGAGCCUUUGUCAAGUAUAUGACAACACACUUCAACCACGACCCGUUCCUGGUUCCCUGUCUCCCUAGCAACCCCUGGCAAACUGAUGAUGACACAUACUGGGAGCUGAACAGGCCAAAUGUUGAAGUUCCCACAAAGAUGACAGUUGAGCGCUGGUCUUUUAGCUUCUUCGAGUUGCUUAGUGAUCCACGGGGCCGGGCAGACUUCAAGAUCUUUCUAAAGAAGGAAUUCAGUGGUGAGAAUUUGGCUUUCUGGGAAGCUGCUGAGGAAAUGAAAUGGGGCACAGCGGCUUCUAUGUCAGAGAAGGCAGAGACUAUUUUCAAAACGUUUCUGGCCCCAGGAGCACCACGCUGGAUCAACAUUGAUGGAAGAACCAUGGGUCUCACAGUCAAGGGACUGGAACAUCCUCACCGCUAUGUACUGGAUGCUGCCCAGACCCAUAUCUUCAUGCUGAUGAAAAAGGAUACCUUUUAUCGCUACCUGAAGUCACCAGUUUACAAGGAAAUACAGAAAAAGGCCAUUUCACCUGAACCACACAAUUUCACUGAUGCUCAGCUGGAGCACAAUGCCAGGAACCGCAAGCCUGGCAUCCACCCUAUCAUCAUCUGGCAACAGGAACAGGAAGAGAAAGCUAAGGCAGCAGCUGCAGCUGGACCCAUAGACAUUAAAAAGUUGAUGGCCAGCAAACUAGAUCGCAAAUAGAAAGUAGGAGGCCACGGGUCAGUGUUAUAUGCCACUUGUAACAAUAUUUACAGUGUUAGGGAAGCUUCGUUGAAUAGCCAAACUACUCAUUAUUUACAGAGUAGUAAUCAAAAAUAUCUAACUACUGUGAAGACUUUAAGGAAUAUUUCACCCAAAAAAGAAAAUUCUCUCAUCAUUUACUCUCAUGCCAUCUCAGGUGUAUAUGACUUUCUUUCAUCUGCUGAAUACAAAUAAAGAUUUUAAGAAGAAUAUCUUAGCUUUGUAGGUCCAUAAAAUGCAAGUGAAUGUGUGCCAAAAUGUUGAAGCUCCAAAAUCCACAUAAGGGCAACAUAAAAGUCCUCCAGACAACUCUAGUGGUUUAAUCCAUGUCUUCUGAAGAAGUAUGAUAGGUGUGGGUGACAAACAGAUCAAUAUUUAAGUCCUUUUUUUACUAUAAAUUCUCCAUAAGUAAGGACUGAACAUACCAUGAGGG